GGCGGGAUUUACGGUAAGGGGGGCUGGGCUCGCGGAGGCCCGUCGGCGCGGCCGGCUCUCCGCGUUAUCAGGUGAUCUCCAGCCGAGGCGGCCGCCACCCCUGCACCUAGCUGAAAAUGCAAAAUGGCCCUCGGGGGCAGUGAGGAGCUGUGGCCCUCGGCCUGGGCCCGCCGCACCCCCGCCCCGAAGCCUGCAGGCGGCAGCGCCGCGCCGGAGCCGGGUGCAGCCCCCUCCUGCCCCUCCGCCGGUGCCCGGGCUUGAGCCCGGCUCUCAGCCGGUCCCGCGUCCCGCCGCGCCCCCUGCGCUCACAUGGGUCUGUGCUACAGUCUGCGGCCGCUGCUCUUCGGGGACCCGGGGGACGCCCCCUGCGCGGCCUCGGAACCGCCCGCGGAGGGCGCGCGGCCCGGCCCGGCCCCGGCCCCGGCUCCGGAUGCCCGGACCCUCCUCCCUCGGGGCUCCGGCGGGAGCCCGGCGUGCACGCGGCCCAAAGCCGACCCGAAUGAGAGGCGCCGUCCGGAGCAGCUGCGCGCCGAGGAGCGCGAGGCUGAGCGGGAGGCGAGGAAAGUCAGCAGGAGCAUCGACCGCAUGCUCCGGGAGCAGAAGCGCGACCUGCAGCAGACGCACCGGCUCCUGCUGCUGGGGGCUGGUGAAUCUGGGAAAAGCACUAUCGUCAAACAGAUGAGGAUCCUGCACGUCAAUGGAUUUAAUCCCGAGGAAAAGAAACAGAAAAUUCUGGACAUCCGGAAAAAUGUUAAAGAUGCUAUUGUGACAAUUGUUUCAGCAAUGAGUACUAUAAUACCUCCAGUUCCUCUGGCCAAUCCAGAAAACCAGUUUCGAUCAGACUAUAUCAAGAGUAUAGCCCCUAUCACUGACUUUGAAUAUUCCCAGGAAUUCUUUGAUCAUGUGAAGAAACUUUGGGAUGAUGAAGGUGUGAAGGCGUGCUUUGAGAGGUCAAACGAAUACCAGCUGAUCGACUGCGCACAAUACUUCCUGGAAAGAAUCGACAGCGUCAGCUUGGUGGACUACACACCCACAGACCAGGACCUUCUCAGAUGCAGAGUUCUGACGUCAGGGAUUUUUGAGACACGAUUCCAAGUGGACAAAGUAAACUUUCACAUGUUUGAUGUUGGUGGCCAGAGGGACGAGAGAAGAAAAUGGAUCCAGUGCUUUAAUGACGUCACUGCUAUCAUCUACGUGGCGGCCUGCAGUAGCUACAACAUGGUGAUUCGGGAAGACAACAACACCAACAGGCUGAGAGAGUCCCUGGACCUUUUUGAGAGCAUCUGGAACAACAGGUGGUUACGGACCAUCUCUAUCAUCUUGUUCUUGAAUAAACAGGAUAUGCUGGCAGAAAAAGUCUUGGCGGGGAAAUCAAAAAUUGAAGAUUAUUUCCCAGAGUAUGCAAAUUAUACUGUUCCUGAAGAUGCAACACCAGAUGCGGGAGAAGACCCCAAAGUUACAAGAGCCAAGUUCUUUAUCCGGGAUCUGUUCUUGAGGAUCAGCACGGCGACAGGGGAGGGCAAACAUUACUGCUACCCGCACUUCACCUGCGCCGUGGACACGGAGAACAUCCGCCGGGUGUUCAAUGACUGCCGUGACAUCAUCCAGAGGAUGCACCUCAAACAGUACGAACUCUUGUGAGGCGGCCCCGGGGCGGGUGGCAUGCCUUCUCGGGCCUUCUCCCCGCCCGCCUCUCCUCUCUCAGCAACCCCACCAGGCAGAGCAUUUAUUCCAGGACUGCCUGUCUGUCAGACCCCAGCCAUGGUAGAAAGUAGUGAGUUCCCAGUUGCAUCCAGCUGCCCUGUGUCCCGUUCUGUGUUGGCUCUGUGUGUGACCACCAAGCCUCUGGCUACCUCUGUUCCCCUCAGGUUUGGUUUGUAGCUUUUGUUUUCAUUGAACGCGGCCUUCCAUGGCCUCCCCACCUCCACCAACUUGUGUCACUGCAAACCAUCCGCUCUCCCUUGGGUGACACUGCAGUGAAAUCUCUCUGGGUGGGGACCUCUUUUAUUCAUCCAUUCAGUGAUUUAUUGAUUCAUCAAGAACUUGAUAGAUGGCGGAGAAUGCACUUUUUUCCGAGUGAUCAAGCAUGAUUGUAGAGGCUCCUGUAUGAUGCGGUGGGCCACACGCUUUCCGGGUCUCGCUUUAAGAAGCUGCAGGUGGACAAGUGGCCGCCCCGUCUGAUCUGCACUGACCUAAGCCUUAGAGUAGACUCCAGGCCACAGAGUGGAAAGAAAUCCUUUUUCAGUCAUAUUGAGAGUCGCUGCCAGCCUCAGGCAUCUGAAUUAGAGCUACUUUGAGCCUUUUACAUUUAGGCAGAAAACCUACCACAUUCACUACUGCAGAGUGUGUCCUGACUAAAAAUGAUUCUCUAGACGUUCACAAUGCUUCGGCAAUAGUCUCCUUCCAUAUGUUCUUUUUAUUGUUGGUUUAUUAUACUGUACAGACCACAAAAUGUAAUAUUAUUUUGUAUAAUUACUAAAGAAAAAUCCUUGUAGAUCUUUGUGCCUUGAUUAUGGCUAUACCUGUAAAAGAAAUGUGUUUUUAUUGUGCUGAACAGCUAAAUGUCAACAUUACCUGCCACUUACUCAGAAAAAGGGAAUGAAUGGUAUGUGUAGAAUUUAGGAUAUUUAGGUUGGUACUUUUUAAAAUACUCCUUGAUAAGAAAAUAAAUGUAUAUAAACUAUACACGUUAAUCACAUCUUACAAACAAUGCUCUACCAACAUCACAGGCUUCUUUCAGGGAACCAAGGAUGUUUUUUCUCUCCAGACAAUAAAUUUCUCAAUUACUUUGCUAUUUAAAUACUUUUACAAGUUCUCUGACUAGGGACUAGGUCAAUCAUUCCCUUAGUCUGAGCUUUGAACCACUUACUUGACCACAGGUUCUGCUGUAAACAAAUAGCAAGAAGAAGACACGAGCGCGUCAGCGUUUGUGUCUGACUUAGGAGAAUCAAAGCAGGCAGCUUCAUCAGUCUUCUGAAGAAGAAACAUUACAAAACCUUUAUUUGAAAAAUAAAGUCAAAAUAUAUGGCUGUUUCUCAAACUUAAAAGAUCUGCAAAUGCAGCCUCAAGAGUUCUGGUACAGUCCGAAAUCUAGAGCACAAGAAUCACUGUAGCAGUGACAUUCCAUGUUCU